AUGUGCAAGACCCGCUUGGAUCAGUUGGAGUUGGAAUUACUCGGAUUGGUUCAGAUAGGUAGGAAAAUUGCAGCAGCUGAGUGUUCAGCUUAUGGUGUAAUCGGGAUGUCUCCUCUUUUGACUUCUGCUGGAAUUAAUAUAGCUGUGUGUGUGAUACUUUUUUCGCUGUAUUCGAUAUUGAGAAAACAACCAAGCAAUGUUAAUGUCUACUUUGGACGAAGAAUUUCAAUAGCCACAAGAAGAAGUGACCCCUUCUGCUUGGAUAGAUUUGUUCCGUCUGCUAGUUGGCUAUUGAAAGCCUGGAGAACGAAAGAAGAAGAUUUAUUGGCCGUUGGUGGCUUGGAUUCUGUAGUUUUUAUCAGGAUGGUUGUUUUCAGCCUUCGAAUCUUUUCCAUUGCUGCUGUCGUAUGUGUUUUUAUAGUGCUUCCGGUGAAUUAUCAUGGGCAGAAGAUGCAUCAUCAGCACAUCCCUUUACAAUCCUUGGAAGUAUUUACCAUCUUGAAUGUUCAAGAAGGUUCAAAGUGGCUCUGGACCCAUUGUCUCGCAUUGUACAUUAUUACCUUUUCAGCUUGUGUUCUCCUUUACUUUGAAUAUAAGACCAUCACUAAAAUGAGGCUGGCACAUAUCACUGCAUCUUCUUCAAAUCCAAGUUACUUUACAGUUGUUGUUCGUGCUAUUCCCUGGUCAGCGGAAGAAUCAUACAGUGAUUCAAGUGAUGCAGGGAAGGUGUGCAAGAUUCUUAAGGAUGCCUCUGUUGACCAAACCCGUAAACCAGAUUUGUUUCAGUGUGGUUUUUGUGGAGGAGCUACUGAUUCUUUUAAGAUUCUCUCGAACGAAACAGAGAGUGUUAGAGGGAAGUCAUCCCUUAUUGACGAUGGUGUGAGUGGAAGAAAAAAGGUGUGUGCUGCUGCUUUUGUCUUUUUCAAGACUCGCUAUGCUGCUGUUGUUACUUCACAGGUGCUCCAGUCAUCAAAUCCCAUGUUAUGGGUGACAGAUAUGGCUCCGGAACCAAAUGAUGUUUAUUGGUCAAACCUUUGGAUACCGUACGGACAAUUGUGGAUCCGGAAGAUAGCUACACUUCUGGCUGCUAUUGCCUUUAUGCUUGUGUUUCUUAUUCCCGUCACAUUUGUUCAAGGCUUGACUCAACUAGAAUUUCUACAACAAGCAUUUCCAUUUCUGAGAGGACUUCUUAAGAAGAAAAUUAUAAGCCAGCUGGUGACGGGGUACCUGCCAAGUGUGGUUUUAAUUUUGGCUUUUUACUCAGUUCCACCAGUUAUGAUGCUAUUUUCGACAGCAGAGGGGUGUAUCUCCCGUAGUGGGAGGAAAAAGAGUGCAUGCUUCAAAGUCUUAUACUUCACAAUCUGGAAUGUCUUUUUUGUUAAUAUUUUUACUGGGUCUCUUAUCCGCCAAUUGAGUGUAUUUUCUAGUGUGAAAGACAUACCUGCGCAACUUGCCAAUGCAGUUCCAGCACAGGCUAAAUUUUUCAUGACUUAUGUUUUAUCAUCCGGUUGGGCAAGCUUGGCAUGUGAACUCAUGCAAAUUUAUCCUCUUCUCUGCAACUAUUUCCGAAGGUUCAUAUUACUCAAGGAUGGGUACAAUGACACACUAACGUUUCCAUAUCAUACAGAAAUUCCUAGAGUCCUCCUGUUUGGGUUUGUUGGCUUCACCUGUUCCAUCCUGGUUCCCCUAAUAUUGCCAUUCUUGCUGGUUUACUUUGUACUUGCUUACCUUAUAUAUCGAAACCAGAUUCUCAACGUGUAUAUACCAAAAUAUGAAAGUGGGGGACAGUUCUGGCCUAUGAUGCACAAUACAGUCAUUGUUUCAUUGAUUCUUAUGCAAAUAAUUGCCCUCGGUGUAUUUGGAUUAAGAAGAUCACCAAUUGCAUCAGGUUUCACUAUCCCACUGCUUAUUUUCACCCUUCUAUUUAACGAGUACUGUCGACAGCGGUUUCAUCCGAUAUUCAGGAACCACGUUUCAGAGAUUCUCAUGGAGAUGGAUAAAAAGGAUGAGCAAUCGGGGAGGAUGGAAGAGGUUUAUAAACAGCUGCAUUCAGCUUAUUGCCAGUCCCCAGUCACUCCUGAUGACUCAUUCAAUUCUGGACACGCAAAUCAUCACGAGGACGGGGACAGCAUUCAGGAUCCAGAGAACGUGAACCCAGGGAAAGAACCUAGCCAAGUAAAUCCAACAUGGGAUGUUACUUUUGAUAGAGCAGAAUCUAGCCAGAAGUAA